GUAUGUGUGUGUUUGUACAGUGAAUGUAUGUGUAGUAUGUGUAUAUGUGUGUUUGUACAGUGAAUGUAUAUGUACAGUAUGUGUAUAUGUAUGUUUUUACAGUGAAUGUAUAUGUACAGUAUGUGUAUAACCCAUCCCACAAACAGUAGGUGUGGUGCCCAGGGAACCAGGGGCCACCGCCCCCACGCAGCCAAGCCGGACAGCGACAGGAACCCCAGAGUCUGGCCCACCGCGCCGCCCACAAGGGCCAGCAGCAGGCCGCAGACAGACGCACCCGGCAGAGGACAAGGCACGAGAAAAACAGGGGGAAGCCAGACCCCAAGCCAGCGAGAGACCACACCCCACACGGACAGAAAGGCCCGGAGACCCCCCGCAACCGGACGGGAAGACCGCCCCCGCCCCACCGGCAACAGGGCCCCCACGAGCCCCCCCCCCACCCCCGGAGAGCGCGGCGAGGCCAGCCCACGGCCACCCCACCCAAGCCGGCCGCCACAGGACCACCCAGCACGGGGCCACAGGAACCACCCACCCCACCCGCAGGGACCCCAACGAUGGAGAUGGAACAACCAGCAACCGCCCCGCCGAGUCCCCCCCCCUGAGGUAGGGGAAUAAAUAAAUAAAAUAAAUAAAUACAUAAUAAUAAUAAUAAUAAUAAUAAUAUUAAUAAAAUAUAUUUUUUUAAAAAAGGGGAAAAAAAUAAAUAAAUAAAUAAUUAAAUCUAUUUAUAAAAAAAAAAUAAUAAUAAAUAAAUAAAAAAAGAAUUAAAAGAAGAUCACAGACAUGCUGACACACAAGGUCGCUACCCCAACAACUGGCCGACUCGCAGCACCUCGGAAUACCCUGCAGCACCAAGCCACCACAGUAGACGCAGGGACCAGACCCAGCAGGCCCCAACCAAGACGGCCACCCGGAAGGGAUGGACGGCGGGACCCAGGAGCUCCAGACACGCAGUCCGGAUGCAGUAGCCUGAGGCGCCGACCCCCACCCGACAGGCAGGCCCAGAACGUACCCCCAGAAAUAUACAUACAUAUAUAUAUACAUACACAUAAACAUACACAUGUACACAUACACACACAUACACAUGCAUACACAUACACAUAUAUAUAUACAUACAUACAUACAUACAUACACACACACACACACACAUACACAUACAUAUACACAGUUUGUCAGCCCCGACAACCACCACGCGCGCGCGCUGCCACCAGUCACAACAUCAGCCACCCCCCUGCACCAGACCCAGCAGCCACGGGCGCCCACACCACAAACAAACGGCAGCAGAAACAGCAGCCACAACACCCACAGACAGCCAGCACCACCCAAUCAAAUCAAAGCGAUCAAAAAAAAAACGCGACCGGCAACCACACGCCAACAGGAUCACAGAUACCAGCCAGCGCCAGCCCGCCAGCAAGCCCAAACGCCAACACGCAAACAAGAGACACCAACACCCCCCCCCCCCCCGCCAAAAGACCCCACCACCCCAACCCAAACCCGCACAAACACACCACCGCCCAAACAACCGAGACACAGCAUCCAGACCAGACACGGGCGCCGCGCCGCCACCACAUCAAGUCGCCAACAGAGACCCCACAGCGCAAGGUCGGGCCACACGGGCACGGACCCCACCCAACAGGAAGCGAGACCCGCGCGACGCCACACACAAAUAAAUAUAAGAUUAAACAAAAAUAACAAUAAUUUAAAAAAAAUAAAUAAAAAAUAAAAAAUAAUAAUAAAAUGAAAUACAAAUUAAAUUAAAAAUAACAAAUACAAAUAAUAAAAUAAAAUAAAGUAAGUAAAUAAUAAAAAUUAUUUUAAAAAAAAUAAAAUAAAAUAAAAAUAAAUAAAUAUAUAUAUAUAUACAUAUAUACAUACACAUACAUACAUAUACACAUAUACAUAUUUGGAAUAUACUUAACUUGUUUAUUAUUUCCUAUCAAAGUAUUGUCUUGAUACUAUUUAUAUUUUAAUUAUUAAAAAGCAGAAAGUCAGAGUCAGUGAUACUUUGUCAGGAAAGGUACUUCUACAUGUCCUCUUGUGUAUUUUGUACACAAAUGUGUCAGAGUACAUAUGACAACAGGACACUAAUCAAAUAUGAUAGUUUGUUAAGUAGAUAUGUAGUCACGGGUGUCAGCUGUCGGGUGCUAGUUUGUUUACAUGGACGGGUCCUCGCAAGAUGCAAAGUUGAAUCAUGAAAUACAACCUUACCCCAGAAACAACGAUGCAUAUUUAACCCAGAGAGUCUUGAUAUCAAUGUCCUGGACCCUGACACACACCAAGAAGUUGUAGACCUUCAUGCUUUUUCAACUUUCAUCUGUUUUGUGGUGUAAAAUGAUGUCUGGAGCACCAUAGUUCCAUAUGUCUGGGAACUCCACCAACGUAUAAUCCUUGAUAUCACUCCACUAACCUUGAUAUCACUCCACUAAUCUAACCCCAAAGAUCUAUUCCAUUGCAUAACUCUCUGCUUUUUGCAGGAAGACGUAGGCCGCUUGCGUACUCUGAUAGUUAGUUCAAAACUGUUUUGCAGCAUAUUCCAAAAACCACUGGAGGGUUGUCAAAUAGAUGAUCUUUGACUUGCUUUCUUGCAGUAGGACUUUUCCAUGCCACAAAAUAUGCCUGUUGUACAGAAUAUCUUGAACCAGUCUUGAACACAUUGCUUGUGUUUACACUCAAGACAAAAGCAUUGGUCAAGUAAACCUCUUUAAAAUGGAACUGAACUUUGUUUGCCCGUCUUUCACAAUCCUUCAGACAAAAAGACGAGAGUAUGUUUUUCA